UCAGACAUAAGCCGCUGGAGGACUUGACGCGGGCUAUAUUGAAAAAAAAAAAAACACAUGUUUAUACUUCUGGAAAGUAAAGAUGGCGACGGCAAUAUACUUGGAACAUUACCUUGACAGUAUCGAGAAUCUUCCAUGUGAGCUGCAGAGGAACUUCACCCUUAUGCGGGAGCUGGACAGCAGAACUGAAGAGAAGAAGAAUGAGAUCGACAAGCUGGCUGCGGAGUAUAUCGCGAACGUGAGGAAGCUGGCCUCGGAGCAGCGCGUGGAGCACCUGCAGAAGAUAGAGACAGCAUACAGGAAGUGCAAAGAGUACAGCGAUGAUAAGGUGCAGCUGGCCAUGCAGACCUACGAGAUGGUGGACAAGCACAUCCGGAGGCUGGAUGCUGACCUCGCCCGCUUUGAGAAUGAGCUGAAGGAGAAGCUGGAAAUCAGCAGCUAUGACGGACUGGAGAGGAGGAGCCUGAAGAGCAGCAACAAGAAAGGAAGCAGGAACCUCAAAGACAAGAAGGGCCCCAGGGGCCGCAGCAGGAAAGGCUCAGAUGACGAUUCGCCGAGGAAGAAGAAACUGAAGCAGAGCGCGGAGUUCAAUGAUUCGCUGCUGGCCGUGCACCCCUCUGAUGUGCUGGACAUGCCCGUGGACCCCAAUGAGCCGACGUACUGCCUGUGUCACCAGGUGUCCUACGGCGAGAUGAUUGGCUGUGACAAUCCUGACUGUCCGAUCGAAUGGUUUCACUUUGCCUGUGUCGAUCUUACUACUAAACCGAAAGGGAAAUGGUUUUGUCCCCGCUGUACCCAGGACAGGAAGAAAAAUAAGAUGUAAAUUUGUUUCAUUAAAUAUAUAUUUUGUGUAUCGGUAACAUAGUGUAAUAUAUUCAGUCCCUUUUUAAAUUGCCCAUGAUUUCCUACUUUUGGUCAAAGGCAAAAGCUUUUAUUUUUAAAUUUGCUGUUUUUGAAAUACUUGAAAUAAGUGGCAAUCCUCGUAUACCAUUGUAUACAGACAGAUUUUGAUGAACGUUGUGGCACCCCUGGGCACCAACGCUGUCAUUCCUGCGGACUCGAGCCGGGAGCGUCCCCUCCAGUUUUAACGUUUAUAGCUACCUCGUGGGCCAAGCUUGUGCACGGUUUCUGUGACUCUGAGCCCUGCCUGAGAUCCCAGAAUGCCAUGCGUUGCAUUCAGCAUGAACCAAAAAAAAAAAAGCUGUCAAUUUGGCUACUCCGUCCGAGGGGGGGGACACUACCUGCCCAAAUGAGUCCUUUGGAUUUGCGGGGGACAGUUGUUGCUGCGUCCAUCUGGCUGCCUGUACCGUCCCUUCGUGGUAUCUCCCAGCCAUAGUCUUUCACUUUCACUUUGUCCUCGUGUUAUUUUUAAUCGUUUUUUUUAAUACUCUGGCCUCCCCCAAUGAAACAUUAACCAAGCUGCCAUGUGAAGAUAAUUUGCUACAUGCUAAUUGGCUAACAGCUAAGCUACGCCGGUAACCAAAAAUCACUGCAAGGGGAAAAAGAGAUGGAUUAAUAGUGUGAACUUUCAGAACACACUGUUUUUAUUUUUUUAUUUUUACCCAGCAAUGUGUCAGCUAUGUAGUCAUCUGUCUCCUUUGUUUUAUUGUUAUUUCGUAAUUGUUUGUGGAAAAAAAUGCUAUCACCCAGCUCAUUGUACAGUAUGUGACACACCGAUCGGUCUGCAGGCCACAGCUUGGACACCUAACCGUCCGGCUUCAGUAUGCAGUACCUGUCAGGUGUCAGAGGGGGCAACCUGUACUAAUGUACUAUGAAAAGAUACUUCGUACUGGAGCCCCACAAUGCACUGGGUGUCUCACCCACAAAAUGUGUAUGAGAGGUGCAAUCACCUACAAACUGUUCUUUUGACAAAUUCCUCUACAGUAUUUAUGUUCCCUCAGUUGGGUCGGUGUUAAUGUGUACUGUGGGUCCCAAACAAUACACCCACAUAAACAGCACUGUGACUCAACCCGGUCAAUAACCCAGUCAGUUUCAAAUCCCAGUAACCACCCACGUUCUGCCCGUUUUGGAAGUUUGUUCAGGAAACUCCAAAUGCAUCUCCAUUGUGAUUGUAAGGUUAUUUUUUAUAUAACUGUGAAAAUAAAACAAUCUAGAUAUUGUCUUGUAACUUUAAGGGAACCUGUUAUAUUCUGUGUUGGCCACUAAGUGUUCAUACUUUGUAACUUGAAUGUUUCAUAUCAGCAACCAAAUAAACAUUUACCAGUAUUUACCGUACAUUAUCGUUAAUUAUCUCAUGUUGUGAACAUUCAUGCUGGUGGGAGUCCUGGUCGGCGGCAUUGGGACUUUAAUGGGGUUUAUUUUGUAAUUACUGCCACCUGUCUAACAUGCAUGUACUAGAAAAUUAUUUUAAGUAUUGUGAUUUUAACGUAUCCUUAAAUUUGCACUGAUUUAGUAGUCUGGAAUGUUUAGAACAGUCCUUGGAAACCUUGUAAUUGUAGAAUUAUCAAAAAUGUUAAGUAUAUUGUAAUGCUGUUCACAAUAUAUAACUGAUAUGUGUAGAGUAUGUUAUGUUCAAAAACAUGACUGUAAACAACUAGGAUGAUUAGAAAUCAGCUAUAUUGUCUGUUUCCUUUGUAAAACAAAAAUCUCAAUUCUUUUCUAUUUCAAAGGGUUUUAUAUAUCUAUAUAUUUUUUGACCAUGAAUGUUACCAAUAAAAGUGCUGUCCUCUCUGUA